AUGGUGGUGAUGGAUGGUUGCUUUAUACUUCAGCUCCUCAAGACCAUGGCAUAUGGGGAGAAGAAUCAUUUCGUAUCAAAUUUGUCAUGGUAUUUCAAAAUUUUGGCUGACCUAAUUAAGCUUGAAAAUCAGAUUCCCUUCUUUGUUCUUGAGCAUUUAUAUGGCUUAAUCUUUGAUCGUAAGGAGCUGUCCUUCAAUCAUUUUAUCUAUGCGAGAUUCUUAGUGUAUUUUGCAUAUGGGCUCCAAAGUUCUGAACGAUUAAAAUCAUUACCAAUGCCAGAGGGCGGAGUAAAGCAUUUUCUUGAUCUCUUACGAUAUGUUCUCGUUCCAUCGGCUCCGAGGAAAUCUGGUGGAAGAUUUUUGCCGCUUACAUGUUGUGCGUCAGAACUUAAGAGUGUUGGAGUCAAGUUUGAGAAGAAGAAGGAGUCUGACUCUACAAAGACAUAUUUAUUUGACAUAGACUUCAACAAGGACAAGGGAGUAUUGAGAAUCCCAACUAUUGUGAUCCAUAACUAUACAUAA